UUCACGUUUUAAAUUUCCCUUUUAAUGGGGCCCAUGUGACUUUUUUUUAACUUUUCUUAUUCUCUCUCCUCUCCUCUCUUCUUCUUUCUCUCCAAAUUUGGGUUUGAUCAAACCCAAAUCUGGGUUCUUUCAACCCAAUAAGAACAAUCGAUGGCAAUGGUUAAAUGUUUUCGUUUCCCACAACGCGCCUUUUCACUACUUGUUCUCGAGGAGUCACCUGUGGAUUCUCCGGGAAUAAACCACAACGCCGCCAAUAGCUCCUUUCCGCUACGUCGGAGUCGUUCGCCAAUUCGUUGCUUGUGCCUCUCUUCACUACUAGAUCUCGAGAAGUCGGCUGUGGAUACUCGUCGAAUAAACUAUUGCUUGUGCCUUUCUUCAAUGGACGAAAUGCUGGUUCAAGGUUGCGUGAGUGGCAUUCCACCAAGGAUCUCUCAGAUCGGUGUCAAUGAUGGUCCUGGUGAUGGUUGCUGCUUGAUGCCGGUGGAUUAUUGCCAAUGUGAUGAAACCCAGAUCUGGGUUUGAGAUUGCCAGUUGAAGAUUUACAGUUUUUGAGAUUGCUG